CUGGUGAUGACAAACAAGUUAAAUGCUGGGAUCUUGACCAGAAUAAGGUUAUCCGGUCUUAUCAUGGUCUUUGUACUUCCAGAUCAGAAUCAUGAAAGCGCCGUGCUUCAAACCAAGCCUUCACCUAGGAAGCUCAUCAUUGCCAAGUCACUUGUUGCUGCUGAUUAUAAAGCAGCUAGCUUCGAUCCAGAUAUUAUGGAGCGCCGAAGGACACAGUCAGAGACACUUUCUGCCGUAUUUGAGAUAGAUUUUCGUAUUCUGAAGCAUACUAUGCAGUCAAUUGUGCCCAGACCUAAUGGAGAUACUGGUACAACUCAUGUGACUGAGGCUCACCCACUCCUUGGACCAUGUUUGGAUGGUCUAGGAAAAUUUUCUCACCUGAUUGACUUGGAUUAUAUUGGAGAUCUCAUGAAUUACCUUAAAAAGCUUGCAUGUUCUUGUGGAAAAUCGGACAGUUCAGGAAAAUGCGUACCGUCUCGGAAAGACUUUGCUGUUGCAUCAUUGCUUUUAAAGUAAUGAGGAACAAUCUCGAUGCUUUGAACGUUGAUUUGCAAGAUUUUUUUGUUCAGCUAUACAACCUCAUACUUGAAUACAGGCCUGGAAGAGAUCAGGGUGAGGUGCUAGCUGAAGCUCUAAAGAUGAUGCUGUGCAAUGAUAGGCACUCACUUGACAUGCAGAAGGCUGCAGCAUUCAUAAAGCGUUUAGCCACAUUCUUGUUAUGCUUUGAGUCUGCAAAGUCCAUGGCUGCCUUGGUCACUUUAAAGCAUCUCCUAUUAAAUGCCGGGUUUUGUUGGAAAAUGAUCCUGGAGGUGGCUCAGUAUCAGGUUCUGUUGCGGUAAGCAAUUUACUGCUUCCAUGCAGAACCCUUAAUUGAUGCAUGAUAUGUUGGAUUUAAAAUGGAGAUGAAGGAAGUAAGGCUAAAAGGUGAAGUGUCUCCUUUCUCCGUGAUGCAAUUUUGGGUGCAUAAGAGAGAUGAACGCAUGCUGUCAAGGUUCAAGAAAUCUCGUCAGCCAAAGAUGCCACGGCUAAAUCAGAAAGUUCCUUGGCCUAGUGCUCAGGCUGGCCGGUAUUACAUUAGCGUCACUGAGCUACUGAAUUUAAGGCCGCUCAUGGGAUUCUGGUGAAUAAUUUAUUCAGAAGAAAAUUUACAGAAUACCAUUGAAAGAAAGAUUAUGAGCCCAUGGUGGCAAAAAAAGAAACAAAAUGAUAGGAGACUUUUCUAUUUAGGGGAUUGGAGAAAUCUCAUGAAGUUAAAUUAUAGUGAAUUCGAUUGUGUGGCACAGAAGACCUUGUAAUACUUCAAAUUACACAAUGAAAGAUCUCCCUUCUGUAUCUUUAUCUGUAAUUUUUCACUUUGGGUUGUCAAAAUCUGGUUUACUUCCCAUAUUCGAAUGCAAGGCUGUUAUUUCACUCA